AAUCCGCGGUCACACUGAGGCAGACGACAAGACGAACGUCGAAAUUUUCGACAGAUUAGCAAUAAAUUUGUAAAAAAAAGUUAAUAACACCAUGCUGAACGCUGUGUCGCGUGCAUACGUGCGUGGCGGUGCCCAGGCGCUGUCCGCUGGCCUCAAGACGAGCGGCGCUGCUGUCAAUGCUAUUGCUAGCCGCCAGGCGCACACCGAUCUGCAGGUGCCCGACUUUACCGCCUACCGUCGCGACUCUGUCAAGGAUGGACGCCGUCGUAACGAGUCCGCCGAGGAGCGCAAGGCCUUCUCCUACCUCCUGGUUGGUGCCGGAGCCGUUGGCGGUGCCUAUGCUGCCAAGGGGCUGGUCAACGCCUUCCUGGGAUCGAUGAGCGCCUCCGCCGAUGUGCUGGCCAUGGCCAAGAUCGAAAUCAAAUUGUCGGACAUUGCCGAGGGCAAGUCCGUGACAUUCAAAUGGCGUGGCAAGCCGCUGUUCAUCCGUCAUCGUACCCAGGCCGAAAUCGACACGGAACGCGGAGUGCCCACAUCCACGCUGCGUGAUCCAGAAACUGAUGAUCAACGCGUGAUCAAGCCCCAGUGGCUGGUGGUCAUUGGUGUGUGCACACACUUGGGUUGUGUGCCAAUCGCGAACUCUGGCGACUUUGGUGGCUAUUAUUGCCCCUGCCACGGCUCUCACUACGACGCUUCGGGCCGCAUCCGCAAGGGACCGGCGCCACUUAACCUGGAAGUUCCCACCCACGAGUUCCCCGAUGAAGGCACCCUCAUCGUUGGUUAGAAACAUUUAACUACAGUGCUGUUAUCGUUUAAGCCCCGCAGAAGAAAAACCAACAAAAUAGUCAAUGGAUUGAUGUAAAUUAAUAAAAACCAACCAAACUGAA